UCACAGGUUACUCCACGGAGACGCUCCGGGCUGUGGUGCCUUUACUAGCCCAACACUACUGACAGCACGAAAGCAAGGCAAACAAGGUGAAACCGGGACGCAGGAGAAGAAGAAAAACAGCGUAGUUUUAGAUUAAACCCGAGAUAGUUCACACACGAAAUACCCUCACGAACAAAAGACUAGGUCUGCUCCAGCUUUCCUGCGUGUGUGGAGCGUUUGGGGAGGUUUUCUUUGGCAGAGCAGCGGUGUCUCCUUCAGGCGUGUAAAGAGUUCAUUGAGGAAACACGGCGGUUCACCUGGUUUAGGGACGGAAAGCAACCGAGUCUGGAAAAGGGUCCUGUGCUGUCAGUGGGAUGGUAGAAGGGUGGGGUGGAGUCCAGUUUGAAGGAGCAUGGUGAAGCACCAACCCUUGCAGGUCUAUGAGAGACAGCUGUGUUUGUCAUGUCUGACAGGGAUCUACGGCUGCCGCUGGAAACGCUACCAGCGGUCACAUGAUGACACCACAAAGUGGGAGUGUUUGUGGUCCUUCAUUCUCUUUGGGACGUUUUUUCUGCUGUUGGUGUGGUUUUACUUUUGGUGGGAAGCACACAAUGACUAUAAUGAAUUCAAUUGGUUUUUAUAUAACCGGUCAGGGGAGUGGAGUGACGGAACGGUUCCGAUACUUGCCACAACAGCUGCAGGGUUUACAUAUAUUGCAUUUUUAAUGGUUUUAGCACUGUGUCACAUAGCGGUUGGACAGCAGCUGAACUUGCACUGGCUCCAUAAGAUUGGAGUGACUGCAGCUCUGUUGACUACAAUCAUCGGAGUGAUAUCAGUCAGUCAGAUGUGGGGAGAGGAAUGGGAUGUCAUCUCAAUUUCUCUCCAAGCCACAGGACCGUUCCUGCACAUAGGCGCACUGGCUGCAGUUACAGCUCUGGCCUGGCUGGUGGCUGGACAGGUGGCUCGAGCUGAGAAGACCAGGUUUCAGAUAAUAGUUCUGCUGAUCUACCUUGCUGUGCUCCUGAGCCUCUAUCUGACCCCUCUGUCCAUCUCCUCACCCUGCAUCAUGGAACGGGACAGCCUAAAAGCACGUCCAGAUGUUAUUGGUCACCAAGGAGCUCCUAUGCUGGCUCCAGAGAACACGCUGCUCUCAUUCCGGAAGGCAUUGCAGAUGAAUGUGAGCGGGCUGGAGGCUGAGGUGGCCAUCAGCCUAGAUGGAGUGCCCUUCCUGAUGAAGGACCGCACCCUGCGGAGGACUACGGACGUUAGUAGAGCCUUUCCAGAGAGGCAGUAUGAGGACGCCUCAUUUUUCAACUGGACUGAUCUGCGUUCUCUCAAUGCUGGCCUGUGGUUUCUGAAGGAUGACCCGUACUGGACAGUGCAGUACAUGUCAGAGCGGGAGCGCUGGCUGGUGGGGAAUCAGACCGUGUGCAGUCUGGAGCAGAUGCUACAGCUAGCCGCCCACACAAACCUCUCAGCCCUGUUCACCUUACGCAGACCUCCACCUGAUCAUCCCCACCACCUGAGCUGGGUCAACCUUACACUGGCCACCGUGCUGAGCUCAGGCAUUCCUCAGCACCUGGUGGUGUGGAGUGUGGACUGGGAUAGGGAGGUGGUCAGGCAGAAGGCACCAGGUUUCCAACAAAUCUCCACAAAGAAGCAGCCACUGGAGACUCUCCGUCAGAAAGGCAUCAGUAGACUCCUGCUGCGCUACAACCAGGCGACUGUUCGAGAUGUGCAGACGUACGCAGCUGGUAACGUGAGCAUGACUCUGUACACUGUGAAUGAGCCGUGGCUGUACUCUCUGCUGUGGUGCAGCGGAGUGCAGUCCGUCUCCUCUGAGGCCCCGCAGGUCCUCAAAAAAGUGCUGUCUCCCCUUUGGCUAAUGAGUCCAGAUGAGUACUGUCUGAUUUGGGUGGCCACGGAUCUUGUCUCCUUCGCUUUAGUGCUGGGGAUUUUCAUAUUCCAGAAGUGGAGGAUGAGUGGUAUGCGCAGCUACAACCCGGAACAGAUCAUGCUAAGCGCUGCUGUCAGGAGGUCCAGCCGAGAUGUCAACAUCAUGAAGGAGAAACUCAUCUUCUCCGCUCAUAAAUGGCUUUCGUCUUGAUAGACAUGCUAACACUGGCUUGUUAAUGAGGUAAGCAAUGGGGUCAGCAAUGAGGAAAAUGGGUUUGACUACUACAAUCAAGGCAUUAACUGACCCCAUGGACUCUCCAGAGUGUCUGCUUAAAAAAACAAUACACAACUUGGAUGAAAUGUCCGACUUGUUUACUUUUGAUUUUACUGCUUUUUCCUUUCUCUUCCGUGCACCCAGUUGCAUUUUCGGUGUUAUCCUGCGAGCUACUGAAUUGUAAUGUAUUGCUUUAGCGAUUCUACUGUAUUGCUGAAGGAACAUUUGUGUAUAUUCUGUAUAGAGGUUUCUUUUUUAACUGUUAAAUUGCUUGUAAUGAAGUAGCUAGGUAAAUGAGGAGUAAGCCUCAAAUGUUUUACCAAAUCUGUGGCCUCUGCCCCCCUCAGUGCUCAGGGUGGCUGGAACGUCCAUUGUUUGCUUCUGACCGCAAGCGCAUGCCUGUAAUAAAACGGGGUAUCUUAAUGAACUCUCCCUUAAAGACAGUGUCCAAUAGCCAGGAACCGAGGAGUAUUUGUAGAGAAAACUGUGUCUGUAGGUUUUACUUGGGCAUGAUUUUAACAGUAUACUGCCUUCUGUUAGGGCUGAAGCAACUAACAAAUCUCUAAGCGUGUUUACAGAGUGCCUGCCUUUCUCCUUUGUGUGUACUAUUUACAUGACGUGACUAUUCGUUGGACGUUUUCAUAUGUGCCCCUCUUGUCAUUUUCCAUUUUAAAGAAUAAACCGACUUUUUAUAGUGCUGUUUUAUGCCUUUCAGAAAUAAAAGAACAGCUUUUUUUUUAAUAUACAAGAAAAAUAAAGCUGAGGAUGUGAGAAGCAUGCAUGAUACAAUCUUCUCUUUACUGUAAAUCGUAAAUGGAGGGUUGCCGUAAAAAGAGUGUUUGCUUUAAUGAGUAGUUAGACACUGAAUGCAGUGAAACUGGAGUUGAGUUUCAGUGCUGUGUGCAAUACUACUUGAACUCAUGUACUGGCCUAGAAUCAAAAAUGAUAUUUAUAUAUUGUAUAGUGUGGAAUAUUGUCAUGUGAUCAUUGUAAUUCAUGUGCUUUGAGGAGUCUAUGAACUAUGAAAGGUGUCCUGUGGGACUGACCAGUAGAGCAGUGGUCAUAACCCUAGGACCAAGGUCAUAAUGUUAUAUGAAACAGUUCGUUAAUAAUAUAAAUGCUUUCAAUGACACACAAGAGACUCUGAACAAACAGUGCUACGUCAUGUUUUUAUUUUGUAUGUCGGAUGUCAAUCAAUAAAAAAUCUUGACAACUGUU